CAGAUACCCUCACGAUUGAAGAGCUCGCAAGAUCGUAUCUCUUGCUCUAGCGGGAUAAAAGUAGCGCCGAUAAUUCGAACGAGUUAUACCAGAAUAUGACUUUCGGUUCGUUGCUCGACCUUAGAGUAGCGCACGCCAAAAUGCGCAUAAACAACAGCUGAUACAAUACAAGAGACUCGAAGCGAGUCCGGCAUCUGAGUAUUCGAUUUAUUAUCAUUUGCUGUCAAGUUAUGGGAUCCGCGCGGAGAAAAUUUCGAGCUUCGCUAUCCAUUUCGCGAAGUGGAAUCGCUGACUUCCUGAUCGCCCACUUGUACUUUUCGUAUAACUUGGCGACAUGCCUCUCCCCCGUUUCUUCAGAUUUCAGGCGAACGUCCUCUCUCGACUUUUACCAUGUUGCUCACUAUCGGCGUUCUGCUCGCCGUCUCCACUACUGCUACUCUGGGUAUUCCCCUCGCUGGUUCCCCCACCGUCAGAUUGGACAAUGCCAUCGUCACUGGUCUGGGCGCAGGGUCGGUUUCGAAAUUCUUGGGCAUCCCUUUUGCACAACCUCCAAAAGGCGACCGCCGCUUUCGCCUUCCUGUCGCUGUGCCUCCGUACGAGGGCACCUUGAGUGCCACUAAGUAUGGCCCCGCUUGCCCCCAACAGACCCCCUCUGCAGAUUCCGGCUCCCCCACGGUUGACGUUGCAGGCUCUCCGCUAAGUCCCGACCAGAUCGAUGGCGCCCUGAAAAUUUCCAGGUUACAGGCGACGGAUGCACUCGAGAGCGACGAGGAUUGUCUUUCGAUCAACGUCAUCAAGCCAGCAGCAAAUAUUUCGACUCAAGUGCUGCUACCCGUUCUGGUCUGGAUUUACGGCGGUGCAUUUGAAUUUGGAGAUACUGUCUCGUAUGACGAUACUGGGGUUCGCCUCGUUAAGCGUUCGCUUGAACUGGGCCAACCUCUUAUUUACGUCUCCAUGAAUUAUCGCGUCUCUGCUUGGGGUUUUCUGCCUGGCGCUGAGGUCAAAAAGGCUGGCCUCGGCAAUCUGGGCCUUCACGACCAGCGCGAAGCACUUCUCUGGGUACAGAAGUAUAUAGGAGCAUUUGGUGGGGACAAAACCAAGGUCACACUAUGGGGACAGUCCGCAGGCGCUAUCUCCGUCUCGCUCCAUAUGUUGACGAAUGGCGGUAUUACGAAUGGACUCUUUCGUGGAGGCUUUAUGCAAUCAGGCGCACCAAUUCCCAUUGGUGAUAUCUCCGACGGACAGAAAUAUUAUGACGCUCUUGUCGCCGACACCGGAUGUUCUAAAACUAUUGACACCCUUGAGUGCCUGCGCGGCGUUUCCUCUGAUGCGUUGCAGGCUGCCGUCGACAAGAGCCCGAAUGUGCUUUCUUACCAGUCUUUGUCACUCGCAUGGGUUCCCCGCGCCGAUGGGGUUUUUCUCGCCGAUAACCCGCUGAAGCUGGUGCAGGAAGGAAAGGUUGCGGAUAUCCCUUUUGUCACGGGGAAUGUCGACGAUGAAGGAACCGCCUUCGCAUUCUCGUCAUUGAACGUAACCAACGAUGCCCAAUUCCGAGAGUACAUCAAAACAAAUUUCCUUCCCAAAGCGCCUGAUUCCGAACUCGCGCCUUUAUGGAGCGCAUACCCCGAUGUCCCGAGAGCUGGGUCACCAUUUGGCACAGGCCUUCUCUGGGAUAUAGGCCAAUAUAAGCGCAUCGCGGCUUUCCAAGGCGACUCGGUCUUCCAAGCCCCGCGAAGGUUCUUCCUCCAACAGCGCUCUGGGAAACAAAAGACCUGGUCUUACUUGAGUAAACGCUCCAAAUACUUCCCACUUGCGCUUGUCGGAUCCUCUCACGGCAGCGACUUGAAGAUCGACCUUUUGGACGACAACAUCGUCCGGUUCACCAGUACGCUCAACCCGAACAACGGCACAGGCGUCGUGUGGCCGCAGUAUACGCCUGCGUCUCCGCAAUUACUCACCUUUCCUACUACUAUUUUUGGCUCGCCGAGCAUCACGCUCGAUAACUACAGAGCUGACGGGCUGAAACUCUUGGCCCAACUGGGCCUCAAAUAUCCUAACUGA